UAUGUUUUGAUUCAUAUUCUCACGGUGCACUAUGUUGCCCCGAUAUUUUAGUACUUUUGGCGGUGCUACAAGGAACUUUGCGAAGGUUGUUCCGAGUAAUUUAAAAGGUCGUAGCAAAAGUUCACAGGAAUGGCUCACACGACAGCUAAGCGACCCGUACGUAGAGCGUGCGAAAAUGAUGAACUACCGGUGCCGAAGUGCAUUCAAACUACUUGAAGUAGAUCAGAAAUAUGGGCUCAUUAAACCGGGCUUCACGGUGAUUGAUUGUGGAGCAGCGCCAGGGUCCUGGACGCAAAUCGCCGUAAAGCAAUCAAAUGCGGACGGAAGCAUACCCACUAGACCGAAGGGAAUGGUAGUCGGAGUGGAUUUGCUACAGAUUUAUCCGGUGGAACAUGCAAUCUUGCUUGGUAAUAGUGACUUUCUGCGCAAAGAAACGCAAGACAAAAUAAGAACAAGCCUCGGGGACCGCCGAAUCGAUUGCGUCCUAUCCGACAUGGCUCCGAAUGCAACGGGAAUAAGAGUGUUGGACCAGGAAAACAUAACGACGCUGUGUUAUUCCGUUUUACGGUUUGCCAUACUGAUGUCUAGCCCAAACGCUACCCUUCUGAUGAAGGUGUGGGACAAUGGGGAUGUACCAAAGUUAGAGAAAAGCAUACUCGAGUACUACAGAACAGUGAAGCGAGUGAAGCCACGUGCGAGCCGGGAUGAUUCUUCGGAGAAUUUUAUUCUUGCACGUGGCUUUCUAGGCGUUGAGAGCAGUGACGUAAAAUAGUCUAGCCCUGUUACUAUUAGUCUUAUUCUGUGUAAAUAAAUUUA